AUGAGUAGAGUGGCUAGUGUGAAUUCACUUCCUUUUCAUAACUUGGGUGUAUCAGUGCAAGCAUCAAGGAUGCUAAACCUUCAUCCACCACCAGAUAUUCAUAGAGUCUUGUUGAGGAGUCCUCUACCUCCUUCCCUUGAUUCUUGGUAUUCCAUAAACGAUGAACAGAGCGAUGAUGCCUUUCGUCCUACAAGUCCAGGUCAUAGCCCUGGGGUGGGACAUCAAACACCACCACCAUGA